CAGGAAUCAUUACGUAAUGCAGGGAUAUUUAGCAUUUUGUAAAAUAACUUUAUCUCCAAUACUACGCCAGUCAGGUAUGAAAAGAAAUAUAAAUAUCUUCCCUGAGAGAGCCUCACAUUUAGGUCACAUGACUUGGCUCCGGCAGUGUUGUAUAUAAAGCGAGCGCCUCCACAAUCGGGCCAGAGUUUGUUGUCUUGCUGCGUCAGUGAACGUACAGACAUACCUCAUAGCGCCGAAUUAGUUACCCACAAUCUAAUUCUACAUUCUUCACAUUUUGUUCAUCUUUGACUAGAUAAUAAACAUCAGAAAAUGUCAGUCAGUCAAGCUCGCCAAAACUACCACGCUGAAAGCGAGGCAGGCAUUAAUCGCCAAAUCAACAUGGAGUUGUAUGCAAGCUACAGCUACCAGUCGAUGGUGAGUCAUUUCUUUUUACGCACCACGGUACACACCAUUGUGACACCAUUUACUUGAAUUUUACAUAAGAGGCAUUUUAUGUUCGGUAGUACAGUAGUGUCGCUGUACAUCAAUAAUCAAGAUAAAAAUCAUAAAAAUUAAAACUUGCGGCGCCCCCCCCCCCUCUCUCUCUCAAAACCAGUGACUAUUCUUAUUCGUUUACCCAUUUGGCAUGACAUGUGACAUGUGAGGGGAAAGUCUGGGCGUGGUAACGUGGAUCGGAUCGUUAAGUGACCUUAACCCCAUUCAUCCGACACUUGUCAAGGUUGAGCUAUUUAAAAUGGUUCAAUCUUCCCCCUUAUGAAAUCUGAAAGUGGACCAGGUAACAGCCUUAGUUAUUUUGGGGUGUUAUUAACUAUAAUUUAACUUACUUAAUGGUUAAUAUAGAGUAAGAUUCGUGGAUUCUUGGAGCACAGGACACAUUGUUUCAGCACAGGACAGUGUGACUGUGACAUGUUUUCCCCCUCCUACUACUUGGUCUUGUUUUAGAUUUUCUGGGUUACCUGUAUUCACAUGACAGUUUUGUAAUAGGCUAUAAUAUUGACAAAUGACUACUUUUUUGGGCUUCAAAUUUGAAAUCUUUUAUGGCACUUAGAAUAAUGGCUCGUGUAAUGUCCAUGCAUAUAUUUAUUAAUGUACCGUACCAGUGCCCCUUAGUGAAACAGACAUUAUAUUUAAUGCCUUGCCUUAAAUUGGGCCUUCUAAGCGGUUUAUUAAACUUAUACUUCCAAUAGGUCAACUGUGAUUGAACCCUAUUCAGUCCCCAAUGGUAUUCACGGUUUUUUUUGCAUGUUGCUAUUUGCUCUUUGAUUUGAGAAGAUGGCAGAAUUUUAAGAACUUAAGCAAGUCUAUUUAAUUAUAAGCAAGUCUAUUUAAAUAUAAGCAAGUCUAUUUAAAUAUAAGCAAGUCUAUUUAAUUAUAAGCAAGUCUAUUUAAUUAUAAGCAAGUCUAUUUAAAUAUAAGCAAGUCUAUUUAAAUAUAAGCAAGUCUAUUUAAAUAUAAGCAAGUCUAUUUAAAUAUAAGCAAGUCUAUUUAAUUAUAAGCAAGUCUAUUUAAAUAUAAGCAAGUCUAUUUAAAUAUUCAAAUAUUACUUGCUAGUUUAUUAAAGCUUCUUUGUAGUUCAUUCUUGCUACUAAAAUUUGAAUGGCACCAAUAUCUCUUCAUUUUUAAUCGUUUCUCAAUUAUUUUCUUUGGAUUCAGCUUUGAAAAAAAAAAAAAAAAGGUAAUAUAGCAUUGAGACAUUCUGAACUGGCAACAGUUUCGUGAAGCAAAAGUUAAACUUUACUUUUUUUUUCUCUUUGGUAAUCUCUUAAUUUUUAAUAGUUUCUCAAUUAUUUUCUUUGGAUUCAGCUUUGAAAAAAAAAAAAAAAGGUAAUAUAGCAUUGAGACAUUCUGAACUGGCAACAGUUUCGUGAAGCAAAAGUUAAACUUUACUUUUUUUUUCUCUUUGGUGCCAGGCCUACUACUUUGACCGUGAUGAUGUUGCCCUUCCUGGCUUCCACAAGUUUUUCAAGCAUCAGUCUGAAGAGGAGAGGGAGCAUGCUGAAAAGCUGAUGAAGUAUCAGAACAAGAGAGGAGGUCGCAUUGUCCUUCAAGAUAUUAAGGUAAUUAACAUUUGAUUUGACCACUAGGCAAUAGCCUUCUUUGAACAAAUGAGAGUUGCUAUUUCCAAAAGACAAUACUUUUGCUAUUGAAUUUUAAAGGGUAAUUAAUUUAAAGAUAACUAUGCAGGGAGUACCAGUAAUACAAAGGUUUAAAAUUCAUGUUAGUAUUUCAAUUUUUUUUCUGCUUGUAAGAAUUAGGUUAGAUCAAUAAACAGCUUACCAUUAAAUAAACAGCUUACCAUUAAAAAGCGUUUUAAAAGAAUUAAUUUAUUUUCAGAAACCCGACCGUGAUGAAUGGGGCACUGGUCUUGAGGCCAUGCAGGUUGCCCUGCAGCUUGAGAAGAGUGUGAACCAAUCCUUGUUGGAUCUGCACAAGCUGUGCACCAGUCAUGAUGAUGCCCAGGUAAGACACAUGGUUCAAGUUUUUGACCAUACACCUUUAGCUACGGUAAAUUUAAUAAUGUCACAAUUUCUUCCCCUUUCUUUCACUUAAAUUUAAAAAUAUUUUAACUCAAGUUUACAUUUUAUUCCUCAGAUGGCAGAUUUCUUGGAAUCUGAGUUCCUUGAAGAACAGGUCAAGUCCAUCAAGGAACUUAGUGACUACAUCACUAACCUGAAACGUGUCGGACCUGGGCUCGGAGAGUACAUAUUCGACAAGGAAACUCUUAGCAGUAGCAGUUAAAAUACUGCUGCAUCGACUGUUAGCAGGCUUGUUAUAAAGUGCAAGCCAUGAUUGUUUUGUCCCAUGCCCUCAUUUUAAGAAACUGUUUGACUCCAUUUUUUUUUUGAAAAAAGAAAAAAAAAAAAGUACGUGUUUGAAAAGAAUCUCUUGUUUUUUGAAACAUUAAAAAUAGGGCACACAUUGAUAACAUU